UAACCGCGUCUUGGAUAAUAUGACCUGGAAAAAUUGAGGUUACUUGUUUUGAUCUUUUGCACUUUUUCCCCUUUAAAACACAGCCCACCAACAUUGUCUUCUUCAGAGGCUUAACCCAAAGUUUCAUUUUUAUAAAUGAAUGCAAGCCAUCUUCAUUUAUUCCCACCUCUCCUUUCCCUCUCUUCAUUUCCCAGAACAGCAAAUAGAAACAUGGCCUUACCAUUACGUUCUUCUACUUCUUUCAUUAAUCUAAAAGAAACCAAAAGCUUCAAAACUCCUGAUGAUUUCUUAGGCACCAUUUGCUUUGCUCAAAUGAAGCCACCAUGCCGACUCCGAGCAAGAAAUUCGAUGUCGAUGUCGAUGUCGAUGCAGGAAGCACAGCUGUCACAUGGGAAAAUCUCAAUCACAGAAGGGAGGAAUAGUGAGAAAAGGGAGAAGUUACAUGGUCUAACAUUUUCCCAUGAUGGAAAUAACUCUAAGGUGCCUGUUUUUGUGAUGUUGCCACUUGACACAAUAACUCUAGGAGGUAACUUGAAUAAGCCACGGGCAAUGAAUGCCAGUUUGAUGGCCUUAAAGAGCGCAGGCGUGGAAGGAGUUAUGGUGGAUGCUUGGUGGGGUUUGGUAGAGAAAGAUGGACCUUUAAAGUACAACUGGGAAGGGUAUGCUGAGCUUGUCCAAAUGGUCGAAAAGCACGGUCUAAAGCUCCAAGUUGUCAUGUCUUUUCAUCAGUGCGGAGGGAAUGUGGGAGACUCUUGCAGUAUUCCUCUACCUCCAUGGGUGCUAGAAGAAAUCAGCAAGAACCCAGACCUUGUCUACACUGAUAGGUCAGGGCGGAGGAAUCCUGAAUACAUUUCCUUGGGUUGUGACUCGAUGCCGGUUCUCAGAGGAAGAACACCAAUUCAGGCUUACACAGAUUACAUGAGGAGCUUCAGGGAGAGGUUCAGAGAUUACUUGGGACGAGUUAUUGUCGAAAUUCAAGUAGGGAUGGGCCCUUGUGGGGAGCUGAGAUACCCAGCUUAUCCAGAAAGCAAUGGAACAUGGAACUUUCCCGGAAUUGGAGAGUUUCAGUGCUAUGACAAGUAUAUGAGAGCUUCACUUGAAGCAGCAGCAGAAGCCAUUGGGAAGAAAGAUUGGGGAAAAAGCGGGCCACAUGAUUCUGGCCACUACAAACAACUUCCUGAAGAAACUGGGUUUUUCCGAAGGGAUGGAACAUGGAACACCGAGUAUGGACAGUUCUUCCUAGAGUGGUACUCUGGAAAGCUACUAGAGCAUGGAGAUAGAAUACUUGCAGCAGCAAAAGGAACAUUCCAUGGAACUGGAGCAAAACUGUCUGGAAAGAUAGCUGGAAUUCACUGGCAUUACAGAACAAGGUCUCAUGCUGCUGAACUAACAGCAGGGUAUUAUAAUACAAGAUUUCGAGAUGGUUACCUCCCAAUUGCACAAAUGUUUAGUAAACAUGGAGUUGUGUUCAACUUCACCUGCAUGGAAAUGAGAGAUGAGGAACAACCUGAGUAUGCAAACUGUUCACCGGAGGGAUUAGUUCGGCAAGUAAAGAUGGCAACAAAGACAGCUAGAGUCGAGCUUGCUGGAGAAAAUGCACUGGAGAGGUAUGAUGCUGGUGGAUAUGCACAAGUUUUGGCAACAAGUAGAUCAGAUUCAGGCAACGGAUUGAGUGCAUUUACAUAUUUAAGAAUGAACAAAAGGUUGUUUGAAGGGGACAACUGGCGGCACUUGGUGGAAUUUGUGAAAACCAUGUCCGAAGGAGGUAGGAAAAUUUCAGAGUGUGACUCCCAGGGGACAAACCUUUACAUUGGGUUUAUCAGUGACAAGAAUGUGGAGAAAAUGAAGGAGGCUGCUCUUGUAUAGAAACUAUGUACAGAGUCCACAUACAACAAUAUAUAAGCUAAAAAAAAAUGCAAAAUAGAGCAAGGACUAUAUUCUAGAUGCACUAUAAUUGUUGGUAUCAUAUGCCAAAAUAGCAGAUGGGUAAAAUCAAAAUAAAAUGAUUGCAUCUGCAUAAAUUAUAUGGAGAUUUCAUUCAAUCUAGGCUAACAUCUUUUUUUCUCUCUUCCAAUUGUUUUGGCUAGCCAUGAAGGUUGAAUCAGUCCAAUUCAUUUUGCAUAGUAACAUUUUAACCAAUCCAAAAGAGCUCUAAAACUCUUAUAGAUUUUUUUUUUUUUUGGUAAAAUAAAAUUAUAAAUGUCCUUAUUUCUACUUUAUUGAUUACGUUUCCAAUACAUUUAAAGGCCAAUUUGGAGCAUUCAAAUGCUACAUAAAGCAUUCUUCAAAGUACC